AUGGUCGAUCUUUACCACAUCAAACACAAGAACUCAAAGUCACUUCUCUCAUAUUGAUUCCAAAAUUCCUAAAGCUUUCCAUUUUACACUCCUGAUAUCUCAUUCCGAUAAAGAAAUUAUCACAUUUCCCCUGAGUUGAAGAUUAAUUUUACAUAUCCUAAAAGUUAAUUUCUUUCGAAAUCCAUACCAUUACCACCGAUGGAGAAGCUACAAAAGAUGGUCUCCGAGAAACCUGUGGUGAUCUUCAGUAAGAACUCGUGCUGCAUGUCUCACUCAAUCAAGACUCUCUUCGUCAACUUUGGCGUGAACCCAACGAUCUAUGAGUUAGACGAAAUCACCAGAGGAAAGGAGAUAGAACAUGCACUCGCUCAGCUAGGCUGCAGCCCGACUGUGCCGGUGGUGUUCAUAGGAGGGCAGCUCGUUGGUGGAGCCAAUCAAGUUAUGAGUCUUCAUCUUAAUCGCUCUCUUAUCCCAAUGCUUAAAAGCGUUGGAGCGUUAUGGGUUUAGUAAUAAUUAAACACACACACAUACAAAUCCCAUCAAGUCUGCACGUACGUAGCGUAAGUACGUACUACGUACCUUGCUAAUUAUUCUAAUGUUUUGUAAGAAUAAUAAAAAAAAAUAAAAUAUAUAUAUAUAUAUAUAGUAGAUUUUCAGGCAUAGAAUAUGAGAGGUUGCCUAUUUUUAUAUCGUGAGUAUCGCAAUUAAUAAAAUAAGUUUGAGUUCA